UACUGGAAAGAGAGGCCCGCCCGGAACACGAGCCCGGCCAGCUGGGUCUCCAAGCCGAGCCAAGCGCAAAAGCGCAAAAACGCAAAGCGGAGGAAAAUCCCAACCAUGCACAGGCUGUUGUCCAGAGGUGCUCUGAGAUUCCUGCCUUGGAUAGGGAACGUGGGUCCAGAGUCCAGCUGGCUUGCAGGACGCACGAUUUGCCACACCAGCCCCCUCUCAGCCCUCCUGAGCCCCCUGGAAGAAGCGAACAAUUUCCCCCUCUAUCCGAACCACAUCCCCACCAGCCUCUUGCAAAAAUGCUUGCUGACCGCCGGAUCGGCCUUCAUGUCUCUCUACAACCCCUAUCGUCACGAUAUGAUAGCUGUCCUUGGAGAGACAACGGGUCCAAUAGCUUUACAGAAUCUCUGGGAACAGAUGAAGAGGGACCCAGAAGGAAGACAGGUCCUACUGUAAGUGGAAACCCCCUCCCCUCUUUUCUUUUAGCCUG